GUAAAUUGACUCUGACAGUCUGAGUUGGAUUCUUUUCUGUGGACAAGCAAAUUGUGUAAUUUCCAUCUUUUUUGAUUCAUCUAGGUGCAGGACCAUUUAACGUUGUGAUGGCUGACACACGGAGGGUUCCGGUCAAGCUAAGGCUGAUGACCUAUCUCUGUCCAGGCCUACCAGUGGAGAUCUUUGAAAUGGUGGCCCACUAUCUGGAGGAAAAGAUGAAGUGCCCGGUCUAUCUCAUCUACGAAAGCCGCUGGCCUGGUCCUCCUGCUGAUAGACCAGACCCCUUCACACUGGACGAUGUCGAUAUAGCUUUCAUGAAUGCAGAGCCAUUUACAAGAUUACUAGAGAGGGUCAAAGACAAGGCUGAAUUGCUUCCUGUUGCGCCACUUUCUCCACAUCCAAAGUCCAACAACAAACCAGUCUACUUUUCAGAUGUCAUAGUUCAUGCUGAUAACUGUGAGAAGUACAAAGAGUUCAACGAUAUGAGAGGGAUAAGGUGGGCCUAUUCCAGCCCCAACUCUCCCAGUGGUGUCCUCACCACGCUGAAAGAACUCAAGAAGAGGGGAGAGAGCGUCAUGUUCUUUGGUCACAUCGUCCAGUCAGGGUCCCAUGUGAAGUCUAUUGAGAUGGUGGCAGACAAGAAGGUAGAUGCUGCCGCAAUCAACUCCACCACCCUCAGCUACCAGAUGAAGAAGCAUCCUUCGCUGGCGGAGAAACUCCACAUCAUGGAUUCCUGGGGGCCCUUACCGGUUCACCCCAUGGUGGUCAACUCAAGAAUGUCAGCUGAAUUGAAAAGUGAGAUAGCAAACCAUCUACUCAACAUGCACAAAGAGAAGGUCUGGAGGCGGAGGUUGGAGGAUUUCACGUUGAAACAGUUUGCUCCUGUUACCAUGGAUACGUACAAGGAAGGUGAAGAACUCCGUGAAGCAGUCAGUAAGCUCAGCAUAGAGGGCACUGUUUACUAUUAACAUCCAGGACACGCAUUGCAACGAGUCGACAGUUGGCCGUGGAAUGUGCGGCAUGUGUUGCAGUGAUGCUUCGUAUUUAAUAGCAAUAAGGAGGUUUGGUAAUUUGCUUCAGUCCCCCAUAUAGACUUCAGUGUACUGCAGCACAAUCAAGAAUUGUAGACAAAACAAGAGGGAUUGAUCUAUGUCUUAGCCACAUCACAUUAUAUAGACCAAAUCGAAUACAUUAUAUACUUCACUACAUCAGUUUAAAUCUGACUUAAAAAAGUAUCUGUUUUGAUCAUGCCAGUCUUAACCCAUGUGCUUAUCCCUUUUGAGGAAUAAUAAUAACUAUAACUGUAACAAUAUUAAAUUAGGAUAUACAGGUAGGAUACCGCUGAGUGCACGUCCCAUCUUGCUGAUUUAUGCAAAUGAGCCAUCAGCUGGUGGCAUUGCAACAGCGAUAUCAAAACCCUUUCCACAGUUUGGAAACAAAUUAUAAUUAUUGUAAAGUUAGUGGUGAAAUAGACUGGCCCCUCGAAUGCCCUUCUGUCUCUGAUGCUAAGAAAAGUUGAUGAAAUAGCUCAGGAAUCACCUUUCAUUCCUACUUACAAACUUCUGAUCCAUUCCCUCUGGGUUCUUGAACACAGGAAGAUGUAUUCUUCCCCUGCAUGAAUCGAUCUUAAUGUUCAGAUGAGUAAUUGUUUAAGUCAUUCUUUGUGAACCAGCUACUGCUUGAAGUAACGUAAACCUCUCUCUAUCAAGCAAUAGCAUUUUAGGUUUUCAAACAG